UGCGCUGCGAAUGGAAUUAGACGUGUCUCGGUGGAGCAUAUUGUACAGCGGUAAGUGAUGCUCAAAUGCGGUUCAUAUACAAACGAACAUACACGCAUGUAGGGAAUGGUAUGUAUGACUUCGCGGAGUAAACUUCAUGAAUGUCUCUAUUAAAGUUGCUGGAAAGACGAGACAGUGACUUGCAACGUGCAAUGAAGUUCAGCGAAAAAUGUGGAAAAAAGUGGAGUUAUGAGAAAAACGGUACGCACAACCGUGCUUUUGCCAGAAAUUCUUACAAGUAUUAAAAAAAAAAUAAAAAUAUAGAAAAAAUUUAAAGAAAAUAAUUCUUGAAUUAAAAAAAUGUUAAAAAAAAAAUUGCUCACGAAAAAGUGCCGAAAUUGUGUUUUGUGUAGCGCGUAAGCCCUGCUUGCCUUACGUUGAGGUUAUUGCCAUCAAAAAAGUACCGUUAUGUUGAGCUAAAAGUAAAUAAAAUAAUCAGCAGCGAAAAAAUACGUAAAUAAAAUACAACAAACACAUGCAAGUCAAGUGUGUAAAGUGCUUUUCGAAGUUGUGUUGUGCAAUAAAUUCGCACAAAGUUGUGAAUUCGAAGUUCGAAGUGAAGUACGCGCAUACAUAUCUACAGAUAUAAUAUGUAUUAGCAUACGCGCUUAAGAGUGGAGUAGUAUUUCAGAAAGUGUACAGCUGUUUGUUGGAUUUUGUGAAACAACAAUUGCAUUUAAACUAAAACGCUAGCGAAAAAGCGAAGCUGGCGAAGUAAAGGCGGCGGCAAAGCGUGGCGUCAAAGCGGAGGUAAAGCGCUGCGAGCGUACGACCUAGCAGAGAGGGGUAUAAAUAACAAGGCGAAUUUGCAGAAUUAUAAAACAUUCUUCAAGUGCUGUAAACGAAAUUAAAAAAUCAGCAAAGAAAUCCGCAUCAUUUCGCUUUAGCAAGAAAUCACCAAAAAAAAUGGAUCGUUUGCGUCGAUCCUUUCGCGAUUCGUUUCGUCGUCGAAAGGACCGUGUGCCCGAAUCAUCGAAACCGCAUCAAUGGCAGGCUGACGAGGAGGCUGUACGUUCGGCGACCUGUUCGUUUGCGGUUAAAUAUUUGGGUUGCGUUGAGGUAUUCGAAUCGCGCGGUAUGCAAGUUUGCGAGGAGGCCCUAAAAGUAUUGAGGAAUUCGCGCCGCCGACCCAUACGUGGUGUGCUGCACGUUAGCGGCGAUGGACUGCGCGUCGUGGACGAUGAGACGAAGGGCCUCAUUGUCGAUCAGACUAUCGAGAAAGUGAGCUUCUGUGCGCCAGAUCGUAAUCACGAGCGCGGCUUCAGUUACAUUUGUCGCGACGGCACAACACGUCGUUGGAUGUGUCACGGCUUUCUCGCCUGCAAAGAGCUCGGCGAGCGACUCUCACAUGCCGUCGGUUGCGCAUUUGCCGUCUGCUUGGAACGUAAACAGCGACGCGAUAAGGAAUGUGGCGUCACAAUGACAUUCGACGUGAAGAAUUCGACAUUUACGCGUACGGGUUCAUUCCGUCAGCAAACGUUGACCGAACGUUUGGCGCAAGGUGAGACGCCAUCCGCUGCUGUACCACCACAGCCCAAACCAUACAAUCCGUUCGCCAUCGAACGGCCACAUGCCACACCGUCGAUGUUGGAGCGUCAGGGCUCGUUUCGUGCAUUCAGCACCAUUGGCAGUCAAUCACCGUUCAAACGGCAGAUGUCAUUACGUAUCAACGAUCUUCCGUCCAAUACCGAAAGGCAGAAGGCAUUUUUGGCAGCUGCCAGUGGUGGUUCACUAGCCGCAGCGUUAGCUACACCCAAUCGUAGUGUUUCGCCGAUACCAGAGAUCUCACCAGCUAAAAUGGGCAUUGCAGAUAUGGAUAAUGGUUGUGCCACCAUCGACACCGUAAGCCAGUUGUGUCAGGAGCUCAGUCAGGGUCUGUCGUUGCUCAGUCAAACCGAUGCAAUGAUUGCGGCUGGCGAUGAUCUCAAUUUCAAUAAUAAUUUGAGCAUUAAUCAGAAUAUCAUUGCGGCCGAGAAGACGCAACAACAACAAAAGAGAAUCUCUACACCAACAUCAUUGCCGUUAGCUAGCAGUAGCAGUCAUAGCAUUACCGCUGCUGCUGUUGUCAGCAAAGUUUACGAAUAUGCUGAGGGUGCAGUAAGCAAUAAUUCGAUUGCUAGUGGUGCAGUUACCACCAUCACCACUACACCAACGGCACAAAUAGCGCCAUGCAUUUCGUCGGUAUCACCAGUAUCUACCAAUUCGCCAGUACGUACACCAACAACACCAACGUUAACAAUGACACCACCGCCACCAUUGCCAGCUGGUCGCCCCGUAGAGAUGGUCGCACCACUGCCCAAUGCGGAUCAAUGGCUAGGCGAGGUGGUGAAGAAGACCUCGCCGGCAGUCAUUAAACGUGCAACACGUAUGCUCAACUCAACUGGUCGUACGCAAUCGAUGAGCGCUGCAUCACCAUUAGGUGUGGAUCCCUUCGAUGCUGAAUGGGUGGCCGGCGUUACGAAGCCACUGUCACCCGAUCUACCUGUGGCAGCCACAAUGCCAGUGGCGUCUGCAGUUACGCCCGUCGCUAGCAGUACAUCUGCACCAAUACACCACAGUACCAAUCCAUUUAUAUCACCGCCGAAGGUACCGGCGCAAACAUUCCAGGUGCAGCUGUAGAUGCAGUAGGCGAGGUGUACAAGCCUCGUGCUAGUAGUUGAUGAUAUCAGUGAAGUAAUACAUGUGUUCGAUCUGUGUAAUGCAUGGUGUCGAUUAGCAACUCAAAUAGUGUUAGGUGUGUAGAAAGUUUGCAAAAAUGGAAUCGCUAGAUAAAUGUUGUUGUUAAUGCGAAAUGAGUAUGAGCGGGGUGUAAAAUGUAAAAAGAUUUCGGUAAUAGAAUUGCAUGCACUGCCAAUAAUUGUUUAUUAUAAAAAUAGCGAUUUAAUUUCUUUACAUUUCAGGCUUAGUACUGAACUACUUUAAAAGUAACUAGUUGGUUUUGGUUCAGUUGCAAAAUUUUGUGAGAAUACUAGAAUUUCAUUUAUAAAGAAAUUAUUCGAUGAAUAUAUUACAA